CCCAUCGCAAACAGCGUUGAUUUAUUGAGCUCAAAUGGUUCACACCAUGAAGCACGACAAAUUCGACAAGUUAAUACUGCACGUGUUCCGCCGAUGAUUGCACAAAAUGUGAUUUCACAACGGUCACCAUUACUUGAUAAAUCAAAAUCACUGUGUGGAUCAGCGAAAUCCCAUUUACCGUCAACACAACCGGAUUUGAAAGAUAUUAAAAGUAUUGUAGAACGACAAGAAGCAGAUAAAUCUCAGAUGCAGUCUACAAGGUUGGAAGCUGCAUCAUUGGCAUCAUCAAGAUCUAUCGAAUUUAGUGCAAAUGGUGCAAAACUAUCAGCUGUUGCUGGUCCAUCUCCCGUUUUUCAUGCUUCUCGAUUGCCGACUCCAAUUCGGAGGAGUCUUGGACGUAGUUUGAUCCCAACACCACGUGCUUCCGUGCUCUCGAGAUCAGCUAUCCGUGGCCUAGCUGGUGGUAGUACGCCAUCAUUGGUAUUAUCCUCGCAACAUGUAUACGAUGAUACACGUUCCGAAUGUGGUGGCAUAUCACAUAGCGAACAACAAUGGGCUGACGAAUGCUUCUGA